CCAGGGGCCGCUGUGGCCGCGCCGGGCCGCGCGGGGAGCGCUUCCGCCGCCGGGCAGCACGCGCAGGCCGCCGCCAUGAAGCCGAGAAAAAACACAAAGCGAGUUCCAAGUUUUCGCAAGUUACUGAGAACUAGUCAAAUAAAACUUGACAAUAAAUUAAAGAAUAAACAGUACAAGCAGAAGAGUGCUGCUAAGAAGUAUCGUAAAGAACAAAAGAAGCUUAGGGAAGCUGUCAGAGAUGCUAUUUCUAGAAAGCCUUUUCCAUUGGAGGAAUGCAAGAAGAAACAAGUUGCUAAAAAAUGGGAAGAAAAAGAAGAAGAAGAUGCUCUUCCACUGGACAUGAUGGAUGAAGAUGACUUAAAAUUAAUGGAGGAUCUGGCCCAAAAAGCAUCCUUUUUAACCAGAGAUCUUUCUUCCAAUGAACCUGUUCACAUCAAAAAACGAAAACAUGAAAGUGUGAUUGAGAAAUAUGAGAAGGUGCCAAGACGUUUGCAAACAGAGCCAGAAAAAGAACUCAUCCAUCUGCUCCCCAUCAAAGACAAGACUGGCAUAAUUCCUCAAGCUGUGGAAAAGCCAGUUCUCAAUGUUGCACAUGAUGAAGAAGAGGACACAGAAGAUAUGGAGGAAGCAGAGGACUUUAAUGAGGAACCCCUGCCUGUUCUCACUCCUGAGGAAAUGGCUGCUCAAAGGAGACAAAAGCUACAGGAGAGGAAGAUGCACAUAGCUGCCUUAGCAUCUGCCAUUCUCUCAGAGCCAGACAGCAAUAUUAAGAAGCUGAAGGAGCUGCGUGCCAUGCUGAUGGAACAGGAUCCUAACGUGGCUGUGAUUGUUAGGAAGCUGGUCAUGGUGUCUUUGAUGGAGAUAUUCAAAGAUAUUGCACCUUCGUACAAAAUUCGGCCUCUGACCGAAGCAGAAAAGGCUACCAAGGUUAAAAAAGAAACACAGAAACUGAGAGAAUUUGAAGAAGGCCUUGUAAGCCAGUAUAAAUUUUACUUGGAAAAUUUGGAACAAACAAUUAAAGAUUGGAAGCAAAGGAAAUUGAAGAAAAGCAAUGUCAUCUCAUUAAAGGCAUAUAAAGGUCUAGCAGAGGUAGCAGUGAAGUGUCUGUGUGAGCUGCUUGUGGCCCUACCCCACUUCAACUUCCACAAUAACAUUAUUGUUCUCAUUGUUCCACUCAUGAAUGAUCCAUCAAAAAUGAUUUCUGAACUGUGUGUUGAGGCAGUUAAGAAGCUCUUCAAACAGGACAAGUUGGGCUAUGCUUCACUUGGUGUAGUUAAAGUAAUUUCUGGCCUUGUGAGGGGUAGAAAUUAUGAUGUCAGGCCUGAGGUGUUAAAAGUAUUUCUUCACUUAAGAAUUAAGGAAGUAGAAUUACAAAAAGAUUCUGAAGACAUUGCACCAAAGAAAAAGUUCAUGACUUAUAAAGAGAAAAGAAAAAAUCUUUCCAGAAUGCAAAGAAAGUGGAAGAAAGCAGAAGAGAAACUGGAACGAGAACUCCUGGAAGCAGAAGCAUCAGAAAGUAAAGAAAAGAAACUGAAGUUGCACACAGAGACCUUGAAUAUUGUAUUUGUAACUUACUUCAGGAUCUUGAAGAAAGCUCAGAAGUCUCCACUUUUGCCAGCUGUGCUGGAAGGUCUUGCAAAGUUUGCUCAUCUCAUAAAUGUGGAAUUUUUUGAUGACCUGUUGAUUGUCCUUCAUUCUCUUAUUGCAUCUGGGGACUUAAGCUAUCGUGAGAGUCUUCAUUGCAUUCUCAGUGCUUUUCAUAUACUCUCUGGUCAAGGUGAUGUUCUUAACAUUGAUCCAAUGAAAUUUUACACACAUCUGUACAAGACCCUGUUCAGCCUACAUGCAGGUGGCACCAACGAGGACAUAGGGAUUGUGCUGCAGUGCCUGGAUGUCAUGUUUGCCAAGAGGAGAAAGCAAGUCUCCCAGCAACGAGCUCUUGCUUUCCUAAAGCGACUUUCCAUCCUUGCUCUUCAUGUGCUUCCAAAUUCCAGUGUUGGGAUCUUGGCAACAAACAGGGUAUUCAUGCAAACAUUCCCAAGGAUGGACCUCCUACUAGACAAUGAAUCUCAAGGCAGUGGAAUUUAUCUCCCAGAAUUAGAUGAACCAGAGCAUUGCAAUGCCCAGAACACAGCACUGUGGGAGCUGCAUCUACUGCAGAGACAUUAUCAUCCAACAGUGCAGAAAUUUGCAUCUCACCUUAUUGCUGGUGCUCCAACUGAAGGCUCAGGAGCUCUUCCACUUGAUUUGAGCCAAAGGUCUGCUACAGAACUUUUUGAGACAUAUUGUAUGAAAGGAAUGACCUUUAAUCCUCCUGUUGCAUCAGUAACACCCAGAAGAAAGGAUACCUUCUCGCAAAGGGAUUCAUUUGUAGAUGAAGAACUAAACAAACAGCUUCAGCAAUACAUCAGUGAGACUGUUGCUCACAAACCCUUGGAUUUUGCUAAGCACUUGAAGGAAUCAUCCUUGGCAUAAAUGUACCUAUCAAUCAAGCUCACUUGGAUUCUUAAUUAUGAAGAAAGAUUAGCUAAAAGAAAUCACCAGUCAUCAUAAAAGGAAUACAAAGAGGCUCUUGUGUGAAUAUGGAAACACAAAAAUUUAGCAGCAGUUUUUCACACAGUUACAGGCCUGUCCCCCUAACCACCAAGCCACUAUUUAGGGGGCUGGGGAAUCACAAUGAACUGUCAUGUCAGUGUUUUAAAAAAUAUAAAAACCCAAGUAAUUUAAGAAUUGUUUGCAACCAUGCACAAUGCACAAUUGUAUUUUUGUUUAUGUAUUUUUCUAAUUUUUAUAACAGAAUAUAGACAUAUGUGUUUCUGCAAACUCACUGGGUUGUGCUGGUAACUUAAUAAAUAUUUUGAAAAUGUUAACAUAAUAUUGACAUUUUGCUGUCUAAGUUCCAUUUGGAGUAUGUGUUGCAUUUUUCCUGUUUUUCUUCUGAUGUCUUCUAACCAUUUAUCUCAUCUUGAAAUUAUUUUGCAUUUAGUGGUUUUUUUCCUUUCUGAUAAAUCUUAACACUGGCAAAUUAAGAAUAUUGACUUUGAGUUCUAAGCUGUCAUCCUGAUUGAAUGCUCUACUGCAGUGUCUUCAAUGAAGCACGGCUGUCAAGAAUACUGGACAAAUACAAGGUAAGAAUGUUUAGGUUGGUUUUUUGUGGUUUUUUUUUUUUUUUUUUGGUAGGUAAUUCUCUCCCCAUUCGCCAAGUAUUAUUUAUUGUCUGAUUGUUUUAGAAUCCAUAUUGAGCUGCAUGUUGGUUUUGCAAAGAGCAGGUGAAAUAUAUGAAAUAAUUUAAAGGUGAGUAUUGUCUUUAUGUGAACUCCAUUGUACAGGGGAAUGUAGUGGGCUGUCCCUGGCUGACAGCUAAUGAUGUGAUAAUGGUAUGUGUGUAAGUUUUGCAAAGCUUUCCUUUAAAUCAGAAAAUAUCUUAUUUUUCUCUAGGGUAUUUAGUCCUCUAUCCUGUUUUUUGGUUCUUAGAUAGUUUUACAGUUAAGUUAUUUCUCUUCUAAUAUGUUUUCAGUAUUGAUCACACUAGGUCACCAACUUCCAAGUAAUUAAACAUAAAUUUACAAACAUUUUUAGAACAGACAUCUGUGUUUUAAGAGAUUAGAAAAUACCUAUGUGUUAUAUUAUACAUAUAAAAUACAUAUGUAUGAUAUUUACUAUGUGGACUACAAACCUGCAUGCAUAAUACUGGUGGUUGUACACAUUUCUGUCUGCUUAGGCUGCCAUUCCCAUUAAUUCUGAGUAGUUCUUUUUAGUUUAGUUGUUAUGUAUUUGCAAAUACAGAUGUGAUUUAAAUUCUGCAAAAUUCCAUUUGUCAGUACCUUUGUCAGUUCAGGAAAGCAAAACCAAAGAUUCAACAUCUUAAACCAUUUAUUUUUAUACAACAUAUACAAAUACAGUUUAUUCAAGUCAGCAGAGAGAAAACAGUCCAGGUGGAAAAGUCACUUUUAAAAUUGUUCAUUUUACAUAGUUCCCAAACAUAUAAAGACUGGCACAUAGUGAUGUUGCAUUGUCAGAAUAUUUUGACAUGCUUGAAGAGGCAGAGGAAGACAACUGUACAAGUCAUUCUGAAAGAGCUUAUACAUCUACCGGAGCAAAAUCUAUUUACUGCUAUUUAUUUUUGUGUUUAAUUUGCUAACUCUGCCAAAUGCCUAUCAUUAUCUAAAUUACAAAAUAUUUAUCACAGACAGGAAAAACUGCCAGCAUUGGUACAUUUAGUGGGCUACCCUAAAAGUAAACUUAGUUUUACAGUGGAAUAGUAACAGACAGUGAUUAAAAACCAGAUGUUAAUGGAAGCAUUUGAAGAGCAGAACAGACAGCUGAGUUUCAGAAGCUGCAGACUUAGCCUCUAAAGCUACCAGCAAAGUUUUCUCUUUUUGAAAAUAAACUAUGAAUGUAAGAGAAAGUUGAAAUAUUUGGAUAUUUCUGUGUUGAAGUGUUUAAUUCUCGAAAGCUUGUGAGUUCUAGAAGCAGACACCACAUCUAGUAAUGUUUGUAAGCAAGGAAAAAAGUGUCACUAGGCUUAAAAACCCAAAAAGUGAGAUGGUAUUUUUUAGUGUUCUGACUGCUCUUCCUGGGGUCAGUGAGACAGAACCAGGAAGCCCUUUGGGCGGCAGAGGAAGCAGCUCCUGGAGUGCUCCAGUUCCUACAAGCAGAGAGCUCUGCACGCACACGGGAGCUGGGACUGCCCAGCUUUUGGCUCUUACAUGCUGCAAGCACCACGUGCUGCACGGGAAAGGUGAGAAACUGGUAAAAAAGGAGCAGUUUUUAAAUAGUACAGAAUGAAAUACUUUUGUGGUUUUGCCAGUAGGCAAUGGAGCAGGAGAAGCAAGAGAUUUCCAGCUGAAAAGUGUGCAGUGCAAGGCCUGCUACUGCUCAGAGACUGCAUGUUGCUGGAAGAUGUUGAUUUAUUUACAUUCCUUUCUUUCCAACUUUAUCCUGGAAGCUGCUUCCUGUAAAUAGUUUGUAAUGUAAAAAUGAAUGUAUUUUCCUAAUUGAUGUACAUACUCAGCCAAAAGCAUGGAAAAGGACAGUUAUUUUGUCAGUUUUGUCAUAGGAAUGUGUGGACAGAUUCCUGCAGAAAUAAAAUCUGUGGCUAAACAGAAUAAACAUUCCUAUUAGCAUAACAACUUAGCACAUGAAAGCUCUUUAACUGGGCUUUCACAAACGUUAACAACUCCCCCUUGCUCUUUGAUGCUUCAAGUGGUAUUGUAUUUCCACUACUUGGAACCAGCAAGAGGAAGGGCGCUGCAAUUCUUCCCAAAUUCACCCCAAAGUGUAUCAUGUUUCACUUAGAAGAGUUUACCUGGAUAUUUACCAAUACCUAAACUUCAAGUGAUGCAUGUAUUUUAAUGAAAAUACUGGAACAGGUUCAUUAGUCUUACACAGUUCCAGAUGUCUACAGGCCUACAAAAUUAGGGGUUUUAAAUAAAAAGCCAAAUAUUUUGCUGUUCUCUUUCACUGUGAUAAAGAACAGACAAAGGAGGUUUUGACUGUGAUUGAUGAUGAAGAUACUUAAGUUAUUCCAACAGCUAGAAAAAUUAUGUUAGCAAAAAUAGUACAAAGCUGCUGAUUUUAAAUGUCCGCAAGACUUCAGGCUAGUGUUAGGCCUGUGGUGCACAGUAUGACAUGACUACUGAUGUCCCCUUUGCUUCCUCAUUAUUAUUAUUUUUAUAUGUAUGUGACAGAAAAGCACUAGGGGAUGACAACAUGGGUAUAAGAACAUUCUGUGUUGAAUCCAACUAAUUAGCAAGGGUGUCUGCCAGCCUACUGUGAUACUACAGGUGAUAUUAAGAACUUUCAGAGCUGCUAAAGCUAAAAAACCC